UAUCUGCCUCUCUCGCUCUCUCGUUUCUCUCUCCUGUGUGCGCCUCUCUCCCUCCACCAGUGUCAUUUUGAAGUCUGAGAUCCAUGUGGUUACUUCACCGGCACGUUUAUCGUCACUAGAGAGGAGGAAAGGGGGAUAAAGGGAACACGGGACAAAAACAGCGCUGCACAACAAGCACAUGGGCAGAACAUUUAGUACCCUGGAUGUAUGAUGAGAGGGGCGGGCUUGAAUUUGGAGGAAUAAACGUGGUUACCAAAAAAAAAAAAAAAAAUCUACCGACUGAAAUUUCAGCAGGUCGUUUCGAGGGAGAAACUACUACAAAAAGGAGCGCGAGGAAAUUGUUACCGUGUGAUGCCCACAUGCAGAAAUGACCACUGAUCAGGAUCUGACGAUGGAGGGCCAGCCAGCCACGGCUGUGUUUGCUGCAAAGGGCAUUGAUGUAACACCGAGUAAAGACCAUGGAGUGAUCAAGGUUUUGAAGCGUCCGGGGUUCGAUGGCGAGAGGCCGAUGAUUGGGGACAGAGUGACUGUCCACUACACUGGGAAGCUGCUCAACGGGAAGAGGUUUGACUGCAGUCGAGAGCGUAAAGAACCUUUUUGCUUCAAUGUGGGCAAAGGACAAGUCCUCAAGGCCUGGGAUAUCGGCGUGUUGUCCAUGCAGAGAGGUGAAGUGUGCACGUUUCUCUGUAAGCCAGAGUACGCUUAUGGAUCUGCUGGAAAUCCCAACAAAAUUCCUCCCAACUCUUCAGUAGUGUUUGAGAUGGAGCUACUCAAGUUUGAAGGAGAGAUGCUCACAGACGAUGGCGGCAUCAUUAGAAGAAUAAAGGUCAAAGGUGACGGUUACACUAAUCCCAACGAUGGAGCAAGUGUUGAAGUGCACCUGGAGGGAAGGUGUGGUGGCCGACUGUUUGACUGCAGAGACGUCAGCUUUAUUGUUGGUGAGGCUGAAGAUAAAGGCCUUCCUCUCGGAGUAGACCGAGCCAUGGACAAGAUGCAGAAAGGAGAGUGCUGCGUGCUUUACUUAAAAUCAAAGUAUGGCUUUGGAAGUGAAGGUAAACCGGAGUACAAAAUUGGACCAGACAAAGACAUCAUAUAUGAAGUUACGCUCAAAGGCUUUCAAAGGGCUAAAGAACCCUGGGAAAUGGACUUAACUGAAAAACUGGAUUUAGUUGCUGGAAUAAAGCAUAAAGGGAAUCAGUAUUUUAAGGCGGAGCGGUACUUCCAGGCAGUCAUCCAGUACCAGCGCAUCGUGUCCAUGCUGGAGAUGGAGUGUGGUAAAGGGAUGGAGCAGCAGAAGAGGAUACAGUCUUUCAUGUUGACAGCACACCUCAAUUUAGCGCUGUGUUUCCUGCGGUUAAAAGAGUUCUCACAAGUAGUGGAGAACUGCAACAAGGUGAUUGAGCUUGAUGAAAGCAACGAGAAGGCUUUGUAUCGUCGAGGGGAAGCCCGUCUCCUCCGUAACGAGUUCAGCCUGGCCUUAGAGGACUUUCAGCAAGUGCUGCAAGUCAACCCCUCAAAUCGAGCGGCUCGUGCUCAGAUUUCCAUCUGCCAGAGCAAGAUUAAGGAACAUCAUGAACGGGACAAGAAGACCUACGCCAACAUGUUCCAGAAAUUUGCCGAACGGGACGCCAAGGUUGGGAAGAUGAAGAGGAGGCGGGAUGAGAGCGUGAGGAGCGGCAUUAAUGGUGAAGUGGGCCUCAAACGGCGGCGGAGGAGUCAAGACUGUCCAUCGUAGAAGUGACAUUUGAAAGAGGGAAAAAGAAAGACAUGCUUUCCCUGGCUUUCAAAGCCCAGGGAGCCGAGGCAGGAACGAAGUCGUAUAAAAGCCUCUAAUCCAAACCUCUUUAUCCCAAAAUCAAACGCUACCAUUCCUGCAUUUAAAGCAGAGCGCGAGCAGGGACGUUUGGAAACCAAACAGCAUUUCCCCUGUCACACGGACCGUGCAGCUGCCAGGACACACCUCCCAGUGGAGUCAGAGCCGCAGAAUCAGUGAGUUAAGAUUGGUGAACACUUUUGGCUCCCACCUUUUAUUUUGAAAAACUAUAGUUUAUUUUUUCAGAAACACAGAGGAAUUCCAUUUUAUGUGUCACUCGGUUGCGGUGUAGAGUUCAGAUGUGCCUCCACGGUGUGUUUCCAAUUUCCAAACUGCACUUGCUGGUUUUUCAGACCUCUGACUCGUGUUUGGUAUUAUGCCUUUUCUUGGGCAGCUGCAUGCAUGCAUCACGAGGUGUUUGGGAUACAGACUUGAAACUUUACUAUUUUUUUUAAGUGUGCAAUAUGUACUUUGGAUAAAAGUUGUAACAAGUCCCGUUAGCUCUGUGGUAUUUUAAACGCGUCUGUUCAGAAGAAAGAAGAGCAAAAUAGCUUUGUUUAUAAAAAUAAUCAUAGCGCAGGAGAGCCUGCUUUCAUUUAAUGUUGGGGAAAAAAGUGAAAAAAAAACAAACAAAAAUGCUACAAAUACAGGACUCAUUAAAAGUAAUUAUCUUUCAGACAUGAAUCUGCAUUAUCGCCAUAAAUCAAUGAUAAAAACCAACAGUUUUCAAUCAGCUGAGGCAGAGAGCAGAAUCUGAGACAAGCACAAACGAAAUUAUACCAAAUUCUGGCGUUCUGGCAAAUUCACAAUUCACUGUUUCGUUACUGCUAGUAACAGCAGAAUUAAUAUGAUAAUAUU